AUGUCUUCGCAACUCAUCGGGGUUCUCCUGUCCGUUCUGGCAAUCUCUCAGGCUCAGGUUGCCGUCAAUGGACAAUUCCACGGUCGCUACUAUGCUGCUGCGAAACCUUUACUGACACCGGGUUAUGCUCAAGUCGGCGCACCAGUGCUCGAACCGGUGUUUGCUGCCGCUCCUGCUAUGGCUCCUCCUGCACCUGUAUUUGCUGCUCCGGCUCCAGCUCCAGCACCUGUCUUGGCCGCUCCUCGUGCUCCAGUCUACGCUCCGGCUCCAAUGGCAGCUCCUGUAAUGGCCGCACCAAUGAUGGCUGCCCCAGUAGCUAGACCUGUGUUCGCUGCUGCUCCAAUGAUGGCUGCUCCAGUGGCAAGACCGGUACUCGCUGCUCCAGCUUAUGCACCAGCCGUUGCUCCUGCUCCGGUUUUCGCUGCUCCCGCCAUGGCACCAAUCGCCUACGCACCUGCAUAUGCACCAUUCCUUCGUACGCCUUACUUCAUCGGAAGUAACAAAUCAAAAAACUAA